AUGAAGGACUUUGCAGAAUUUCUUUCUGAACUGCUGGAGGUGAGGGACCAAGUUGCAAACCACGCAAAAUCCGACCAGCUUAUUGCAAAGCAAAACACCGAAGUCCAACGCCUCAAAUACUCAGAUAGCAGGCACAAGCAGCUCAGCGAAGCCCAGGAGGUGCUGAUCAGCUGUGCGGAGACUGCAUCCACAAGGAACAGGGACUGCGAACGAAGGCCGAGAAAGAACUGCAUGAACUGCUCGAAGGACAGGCGAACUUGA